AUGAAAUCGGGAUCACCUAUUUCAAAAACGAUUCACCAUCAUCCUCAACAACAAGAUGUAAAGUCAAACCGAAAGCCAUGUUUAUUGUUUGAGCCUAAUGUGCUCUUCUUUCCAAUGCCUAACAAAUACAAAACAGUUCUUACUCUGCAUGUUUUCAAUAAUCAUCUCACAGAAUUUGUUGCAUUCUCAAUCAAAAAUCCAAACCCUCAAUAUUUCAAAUUUUCCAAAAUGUCUUGUGUGCUUUUACCUAAAACCUCAACAAGCAUUGAAAUCACCAUCGAAUGUUUCCAUUCUUGGACCACUACAGUGGAGGUGGAAAGUUUCAAUGUUGUAGAAAUACACUACAAACAAUCCGAUGAUCCUCAAGAUUUUACUAAAAAAGGAUUAUUAUUCACAAGACAAACCCAUGUCGAAAAAAUUGAGUACAAAAUGUCAUUUCCUUCAGACAAUAAUUUACAAGUUCAAAUUGCAAAUGACACAAUAACCAUUACUCCCAAAAUCAUUCACUUUGAAGGCAACAGAGAUCAGGAAGUGAAAUGUAUUUCCUUACUAUAUGGCUGUGAAGAGAAUGAUCCAUUACCUGUUUGGGAUUUAUUUAUUGAGCCAACACAAUUUGUUCUCAUUGGUAGAGAUCAAUUACAUGAAGAAAUUCAAUCCUAUUAUUGCCCUUCUUGUUUAAUGGAAGUGUCUGGAUCUGAAGCCAUGUCUACGAGAAUGACAUGCUCCUAUUGUUACGAAUGCCCUCAAUGCAAUUCAAAUUUAACAAUAGCGAACUCUGAAAAUAGCACAUAUUUUCAUUGUCCAUUUUGCAAUUGGAAUUCGCUUUCCAUUGGAGUUCAAACAGAGGGAAAAUAUUCUCAACUAUUUGAUCAAUUGAAAGAUCAUGAUUCCAUUCAUCAAAGCAAGUUUUUAAUUUUAUCCAAAGUGUUUACAGAAUUGUGCCAUUCCAAUCGCAAUGACUUUAAGAACACCCAUUCGAUGAUGGAUUUAAAAAAUUGUCAUUGUAUUGUAUCCAUUGAUGAAUACUUGAAUGAUGAAGAGAGAAUGAAUUCGGAAUAUUCAUUCAAUGAGUCUUCUCUUCUAUCAUUUUCCAAUCGCAUCACACAUCCUUCCUGUAGUGAGUGUCAUUUAGAUCAUGUUUGGCCCUUUAGAAAAACACUUUGCACUAAAAAACUCAAAAAGUAUGGAGACACCAUUAUUGUGAAAAGAUCUUCAGAUUCCAAUUCGCCAUUUGGUCCAUUUGAAAUCAAUCAUAGUGCCAUGUUUUAUUUACCAAAAGUAUCCAUUGUGAAUGCACCAGUGAUGUUUCUUAACCAUGAAAGUGAUCUCUAUCUCAACAUUACAAAUCCACAUGAAAACUUUAAACUUUGUCUUUCAUUCUCUCAAAAUCUUGAAUACUCGAAAACCAAUGCAAAAGUAAUUCUUUCUGAGAAACCAAUCAUUUUGAGAGAGCAUUUUGGACUUGAUCUUUAUUCACAUGAUACCAUGGUAUUUAUACAAGGCAAUGAAGAAGAAUAUCGAUUAAGGGCUGAAGAUGACACAUCUUUUGUUUUAGAACGAAGAGGAAAUCAAGUCAAAGUUCGUCUGGGCAUUAUUCCACACCAAUCAGGAAAUGUUCAAUUUUCACUUGGUGUGAAAAUGAAUGUCAUCCCAAACGAAACGACACCAACGAUCACUUCGUACGGUGAAGAAGCUUCAACUGUUGUUGCUCCUGACCAUGUUAGUCUUCUUUCCAAUGGAAAAUCAACCUUUUUUUACAUUUUUGUAACACUUCCUUCGAGUUCUUUAGAGAAGGUACCCAUCGAAGACGAGAUCGUACCUGUGGAAUGUUCUCGAAUGGUCUUUUAUUGA